AUGUUCUGUGAUGCCGUUGUUAUCUCGAAUCGCUCUCCCAAGAUUUUGAAAUCCACAAGUGACUACUUGAACACCUCGGUAUCGAAAGACGGAAGUCAUCUCACGCUGUACACAGAUACGCGUAACCUCGGUCAAGAAAUCCAAACCCAACAACUUAACCUCAGUAUGCCAUCGGGAAUUCAAACUUCGCGGCCAUAG